UUAUCCCUGCAUUUAAAGUCACUGAUUAGUAUGUGACAGUCUCAUUCUAGGGUAAGUCAAACAAGCUAGCUCUCUACUGCUGCUCUUUUUAGUUUUAUAUUAAUUGCUCACUCAUAUAAGCUCUGAUCCUGAGAAGAAUUUAAUCAUAGCAACUAUUGUAGGGGUCCAGUCUGAGGGACGUGGCCUGAUCAUGGGGUUGACCAUACAAUACUAAAGCAUCAUCUGGACUCAGGGAAGCCACAGGCAAGAUGGAAAAAACAAAACAAGGAGAGAAUGAGAUUAUGCCAGUGAAUAGCCCAUCUACACAGAUCUACCAGGCUACGAAGUACAUGUCUUCCCCGAACUUGCCUCCAGUGGGAGCCCGGCUCCAGCGGCAGGACGGAGGGAUCAUUACCUCUCUAGAACAGCUCCAUGAAAAAAUCAACGAGAUGAGAGACGUGUUCAACUCGCUGGAGAACAAGUUGCAGGCAUUGGCCUCUGAGCUCAAAACUGGUUUCACAGAAGCAAUGCAAGAGCUUUCAAGAAUUCAACAUGGAGAAUAUGCUUUGGAAGAGAAAGUUAAGAGCUGCCGAUGCACUAUGGAAGAAAGAGUGUCAGAGAUGAAGAAUUCAUUAAAUUAUUUCAAGGAAGAGCUUAGCAAUGCCAUGUCAAUGAUCCAAGCCAUUACUACCAAACAGGAAGAAAUGCAACAGAAAAUUGAGCAACUUCAGCAGGAAAAGAGAAGAGAGUCUCGGAAAGUGAAAACCAAAAAAACACAAAAGGAAGAGCAUGUGUCACCAGCUGGAGCUGCACCCAACCAAGGUAGUCCUUUCCGCUCAAUCAAUAUCCCUGAACCUGUUUUGACAAGUGAAGAUUUUACAAAUAUUUUGCCAACUCAGGCCUAUGAGAAAGUCCCAGAGUCCAGACCAGUUCAUGCAGGAGACAGUAAUGUGAAAGGAAUAAUGAGUCCUGGAGUAAAUGCAGCAACUCCCGAGACAGAAGAAAACCUCAAGUCCUGCUUAUCCACUGAAGUUCAAACUAAAGGUCCUCUGACCCCUGGGCUGUGGAGACAGCCCAAGGACAGUAAGGAAUGGAGUGAGGAAUAUGGAUCCAAGGAUCACCCAGAUAAACCAAAGGAAGCAGCUCAAGGCAGGCAUAGCUCCUUAGAGAAUGUUUUAUGUGAAACAUCUUUAUCUGCCAAAAGACAAACUGUGGCUCUGGAGCUGCUUGAAUCUGAACGAAAGUAUGUUAUCAAUAUAUCCCUGGUUCUGAAGAUCAAAGCAACAUUCCAGGGAUCUGAUGGGAAGAGGAGUACCAAGGAGAGAAGUCUUUUCCCAGGUUCCUUGAGGUACCUUGUCCAGCAACAUUUGGAUUUACUUCAUGCAUUGCAAGAAAGGGUCCUGAAAUGGCCACGCCAAGGAGUGCUGGGGGAUUUAUUCCUUAAAUUGACAAAUGAUGAAAAUAAUUUCUUGGACUACUAUGUUGCUUACCUGAGGGACUUACCUGAAUGUAUUUCUCUGGUCCAUGUCGUCGUCCUGAAAGAGGCUGAAGAAGAGAUUAAAUCUGACCUAUAUACACUGUUUUUUCACAUAGUCCAGAGGAUCCCUGAAUACCUUAUUCAUUUGCAGAAUGUCUUGAAAUUCACUGAGCAAGAACAUCCUGAUUACUAUCUGCUUUUGGUGUGUGUACAGCGACUUCGAGUUUUUAUCUCUCACUACACCCUGUUGUUUCAAUGCAAUGAAGAUCUGCUCAUUCAGAAACGGAAAAAACUCAAGAAGUCAUCUAUGGCGAAGCUGUACAAAGGCCUGGCUUCCCAGUGUGCAAACACCGGGCAGGAUGCUUCCCCAGCCCCUGGUCCUGAGGCUGUCCGUGAUAGUGGUGGGAUCCACUCUGAAGAGAUGCUACAGCCCUACCCUGCUUCUGCCAGCCCCGGCUCAGCUGUCACACAUUUGAUGCCCCAAGCGAAGAAAAGCCAACCACAAACCUUGAUGGAGAACCUUCAGCCCGGGAAGCCCUGUGACUGGGAGCUGGAGGGCAGAAAGCACGAGAGGCCGGAAAGCCUCCUGGCCCCGGCUCAGUUCUGCGGCCCGGAGCAGGACUUGAAGGCUCUGGCAGCCCCGCUGCAGGCCAUCCCGGAGAUGGACUAUGACUCCGCCCUUCCCGACCCGGUGGCGAACCUCGACCGGGCCCUGCGAGCCCCAGCCGAGCUGCUGACCGACAGCCGCCCCUUCGUCCCGAGCUACGAGGAGUUUGAGUACGGCGGCGAGAUCUUCACCUUGCCGGCUCCCUACGAAGAGGAGACUUUCCAGAGCCUGCCUCUCUUCGAGGCCUGCUCGCCCGCCUCCUCCGAGUCCAGCCUGGACAUUUGCUUCCUCCGGCCGGUCAGCUUCACCAUGGAAGCCGAAAGGACUGAGCACUCGGUGCAGCCGCUGCCCAAGAGCUCCACGUCGCCCGUGAGCAGCAGCACGUACAAGCACGAGGCCGUCCACGGCAAAACGAAGCCGCUCAGCCGCUCGCUGAAGGAGUUUCCCCGGACGUCCACGUCGGAAGGGGUCACCCCCAGACUGUACAGUACGAGGAGCAGCAGCGGCGGGCGCGUGCAGCUGAAGCAAGAGCGGGCCGCCCAGCCGCACAUCGCAUCUGCCACAGCUAGGAGCUCCCCGAGGAACUUCUUCCCCCCCCAGAGAACUCAAAGUGAAAAACAGACCUAUUUGGAAGUAAGGAGGGAAAUACAUGUAGAAGAUAACACCAGAUUCUGUCCAAAGGAAGAAAGAGAAAGUGAACAAACAUCAUUCAGUGAUCAGCAUCCCAGCAGGCAAGACCAGAAAGGGGGCUUUCGAAGCUCCUUCCGCAAGCUCUUUAAAAAGAAAAAUGGGAACGAAGCUGGUGAAGAUUUCUGUGGUCCCUGGGGCUGGUGGUGACAUCAAAACUUUCCUAUUUUCAGGUAAACAUGAACAGUUGCAUGUUGGAUGGUUCAAAGUGUGAAAUAUUGGGCUUCAGGGAGAUCUAGAAGUGGCCAAGAUCAGAACAACUAAAAGCAAAAUUACAGAUUUUGGCUGAAGAAUAUUUGAAGAGGUGUCCAAGGUGGGGAGGCCAUUGAUGGGAGACAAGGGUUAGAUUUAAAUCCUUUAGCAAAUGGGGAGGCUUACAAAUUGUGGGUUGAACUGUAGGUUUCCCUAAUUUCUUGGUUAAUGCAAUAUGAGGCAAAGGAAUGAAAUAGUACAAAAGAUAUGGUUGUGGACAUAUUGUGCAUAGCUACUAUAUAUAACUAAGGGCGAAUUCAGAAAGGAGGAGGCUGGGAUUGAGAAAGAGAACAACAUAAGGUUUUGGGUGUAACACUUGGGAGUAUCAUAGGGAAUUCUAAAAUUGGGAAAAGGAAUAGAAUUUGUAAACCAGAGGAGCAACAUGCUUGACAAGCCGUUUCAGUCUGCUGGGAACAACAGAUGGGCCCCAAAGACUUAGGUGUUGUGAUGUAGAAUAGCCUUUUUUCUCUAAAUUGGGAUUUAGUGAAUGAGUUAAAUAUGGGAAAGGUGGGCCUUACCAGUGGAAGGUGGAAAGCAUGGAGAUUAAGGCUUUUUCUACACAACAACAAAAACAAAGUGAAGUAGAACAAUCUGAUCAAUCAUUUGGAAGUUUCCAAGCAUCAGGAUGUUAAUUAUUGCAUAGGCCAAGCCUGUUGCCUUGAAAAACAUAGUUAAAUUAUAUCAUCAAAAUUAGAUUUAAAAAAAAAAAUUAACAAAUUAAAAAAGUUAAUUCUUAUUGGUUAGGACCUUUAGAAUCUGAUUGGGAACAACAAAAAAAAGAAUAAUCUGCUGUUCCUUUUGAAUUGUGGGAAUGUACAAUAUUAGCCUCUGUACAUGGAGAACUUGUUCAGUGGUUUAGGAGCUUUGGGACAAGGAACCUCAUUUCAAACACUGAAUUCCCUUGAGUAUAACUGAGCUAGAUUCUUUGUUUUUGGUUCCUAGUCGUUGGGCUGGAUUUAUAAUUUCUAACCUCAAAUUUAAGCUUGCUAAGUGAUCCCAGGCUGGUUUAACAGAGGCAAUUUCUAGAGCCCCUCCCCUUCCAGGCACUUCUGACAGGAUCAACUUGUAGACAGUGCAGAGCUGGAGUCCAUUCUACAGCUGGUUUAACCAAGAAAAUGGAAGAAUGUGCCCUCGCCUGGGGACUUGAUUGGAUUUAUUUGAAUUGUUGACUAUUGGGCUUGGUCUCCUUGAUGAUGGUUGAGAUUAUGGUAUCUCCUCAAUCUGAUUAUUGUACUCACAUUUCUUCACUUUAUCAUGUAUAGCAUAUAUGCAUGGCAGUCCUCAAUAAAUCUGUCUUUAUAAAA